GUGCGGCGCGAGAUCGGAGGCGGGCGGGUAUAUAGAGUCGUUGCCCCCUCGAGUUGGGGGAUUCUUUUUUUCCAGGAAGCAGAGGGGGGGUUGAAGAACGAAGACAGAAAGAGGCGACGGGUAUGUGGGUGUGUGUGUGGGUCGGUGUUUGGGUGCUCAACAAUGCUGCCCUGAUGGAAAUGGUUGGUGUGGUUGGAGUUGGAACAAACGGGCUUCCAAAACAGUCACAUGUUUGGCUUGUCUGGAGGCUGGGAGAUGAGGUUGGGGAGUCUUCCAAAAGACGUUUCUACGCAUGUGGAGUAGAAUUCGCUUUCUUGGAUUAUCCAGGCCUGGACGACUUCCACUCGCGUAGACAAGGUCGUUCCAAUGCUCCUCGAACAAUUCACCAAACAGUCAGUGGCCAUGACUGGAAGUGUGUGUGGAAAAAACACCAACCUGCUGGCUUCGUAUGAGCUUCCGUGUCUCAAGUCAUCGACUACACCUACUCCGCGAUGGGUCUCGUCUAAAGAAGAGAUUCCAGGACAGGCGGUUACCAAAUCCGCUAAGGAAAAGUUAUGGGUGGCACAGAUCGGUGCAGUGGUCAAAAUGGAGUCUGUCAAAGGUCUGACGCUGCUCGUUUUUUGAUAAAAUGGA